AAGCGCGGAAAUCAUAAUAUUGUGAUUCCUUCACCAUGAAGAUCCUUGCAUACUUCGUUUGCUGAUUUCUUUUUACAGGUUGUAUGGGUAUGCCUCAUACCACACACUUGGGCCAGUUCGGAAUGAUGAUAAAGUGUCUCCUCGGAAAGAGUGUAAUAGAAGUCGGUCUUGACUACAUUGGCUACGGAUGUUACUGUGGCUUUGGUGGUGAUGGCGAACCACUAGAUGACACAGAUAGAUGCUGUCAGGUCCAUGAUGAUUGCUAUACUGCCGUACAGUUCAGUGGAAUGUGUCGAGGCUACAAUCACGCCUACAUCAUCCCUUAUAACUACCAGUCUUUAGAGUGUGGGACCGAUAGAUCCGAGAUCAUGUGCAUGGGGGAAAGCAGCUACGAUCCGGAUUACCCCUACACCGACUGUGCCAUGGCAAUGUGUGCCUGUGACAAGGCCGGUGCGGAAUGCUUCCAUCAAACAAGACCAACCUUUAACCCAGAAUACAUCAGAUAUUUCCAGAAAAGAUGUUUGAUCUAAUCAGGACCUAGUAACACAAUAAUUGGUUAUUGAUUAGUAGCAUGAAAAAAAUGAUUUGUAAGACUGCUUAGCAUAUGAUGAACCAAGUGUUGUAAAAGUCGGCAAUAAUUAUAAUCAAUCGGGAAGCUUUGUCAUGUUUGUGAAAUUGGUAGUAGAUCCUUCUCCAGAAAUUCCCUAUAUUCGGAAUUUCUAGAAUUAAACUAUAAUUCAAAUGUUCGGCGGGUUACCCAUAAACAGCCAAUAUGGAUUUAUUACAAACCCUUGAAAUUAGUAAUUUCAUCGCAUUCAAGAUGAAUUUGUAAAGAAUACCAUGCAGAUCCAUACAAGAUGUACAAAGCUGCUGCAAUACAACCAAUUGAUUUUAAAAUAAUCUUUUAAAAAGUGUCACUGGCACUGGUACAGCUGAGUGAAGUUAAAUAAGAAUUAAACAGAUAUGAGACAGCAAAUAAUAUUAACUGGCAAGUUACGCAAAACAAUUGAAAGUGGACUGAAUAGUUGUGAGUUCUUAAACUAUUCAAUCUAAGACAAUAUCUGUCACCCCUUUACCUACUACCAGAAACUAGGAUGAGAAUGAUUAUGAAAAUAAAUCCAACAGAAA